UUUAGGGAGUGCCAGGAGAACAAGGAGACCUUCAAUUUCCUAUCAUGUCGGAAGAGAGCAAAUCGUUCUUAUAUAGUUGGUUGGGGAAACGUAAGCAGGAACCUCCCCAGUACAACGUGAGGCAAUCUGGACCAAAGCACCGCCAACGGUUUCUUUGUGAAUUGACGGUCCCCACCUAUAACUACACCGCCUUUGGGAAUUCUACCAACAAAAAGGAUGCUCAAAGUAACGCGGCAAAAGACUUCUUGGUUUACUUAGUGCGACAAGGUUUAUUGGGGCAAUCUGAGAUUCCUCAAGAUUCUGGAAUCCAGACAUCAGCGUUCGCUGGUCCUUCAACGUCCUUGUUUGACGGAAGUGGGGGUGGAAGGCCGGGAUAUGAUCCUGGAUCGCUGGGUCAAGCGUACGUUCCCGUUGGUCAAGAGGAUCAAAAGCCCAACUUCAAAGAGCGAUUCGUUGAUCCAGUGGAACAGAAGAAGUUCCAAGAGGCGGAAGAUUUGGAUGUGAAUGCUGGCAUACAUGGAAACUGGACCUUGGAAAACUCCAAAUCCAUGUUGCACCAAUGGAUUCAGAGUAGUAGGAUCAAGGCGGACUACAAGUAUUCAAAUUUCGGACCCUCUCACAAUCAGAGCUUCAUCGCUGAAAUGAGUUUCUACGUUCCUCAAUUGAAGCGAAACGUUCACGCCAGAGAAAGUGGAUCCAACAAGCAAUCCGCCUCCAAAAGCUGUGCCCUGUCACUGGUUAGGCAACUGUUCCAUUUGGGAGUGAUCCCCGCAUUUUCAGGCACACUGAAGAAGAACCGCGACAUUCUAGAACUUCCAGCCUAUGAUGUUUGCAUUUCUGAAGAUUUGGCUUCGAAAGUGGAACACACCCUCAAAACCCUGGAUCUUGGCGCGGUGGACGUGGAAACCGCCACCAUUUCCGAAGGCGAAGUUCUAUCCUUGCUCCCAGAAGUGGAUGUGCUCGAAAUGGCGACGCAAGCCCCGGUGGCGGGAGUCAUUUCGUGGUGUCCCCCAGUUGAAAAUUGGCACCCUUGGAUGGGCUGCAACAUUGACGAAGGUCCCUUGGCUAACACCCCUCUAGACACUCUAAGUUCGGACAUGUUUAACGCUUGGUCUGAGCGACAAAAAACGGAUCCAGCCAUUCAGGAGUCCAUCGCUCAGAGAGGAUCUUUGCCGAUUUUCGAUCAAAAGAAUCACAUUGUGGCUAGCAUUGCAGACCAUCAAGUGAUUUUGAUCCGAGGAAGCACCGGAUGUGGAAAAACCACUCAGGUGUGCCAAUACAUUCUGGACGAAUACAUCAGUUCCGGACAAGGAGCUCAAUGCAACAUUGUGGUAACUCAACCCCGGAGGAUUUCGGCCGUGUCGGUGGCAGACCGUGUUUCUGUGGAGCGAUGUGAGCCCCUGGGUGAGAGUAUUGGAUACAGUGUACGAUUUGAGUCGAUGUUGCCCAGACCCUACGGAUCCGUGAUGUUCUGUACGGUGGGUGUGCUUUUGAGGAAACUUGAAGGCGGGCUCCGUGGCAUCUCGCAUGUCAUUGUCGAUGAAAUUCAUGAACGAGACGUGAACACGGAUUUUCUAUUGGUUGUCCUUCGGGACAUGGUCCACAACUACCCGGAUCUAAGAAUCGUUCUGAUGUCGGCGACCAUUGAUACAAGCCUAUUUUCCGCGUAUUUCGACAAUUGUCCAAUCAUUGAGGUGCCUGGGCGUUCCCAUUCCGUUAAGGAAUAUUACCUCGAGGAUUGCAUCGAGAUGACAAACUUCUGCUUGCCUGACAAUUUCAAAGCCAAGAAGAGGAACCAAGAUGAUGAGACUGGAGAUGACCGAGAUAUCGAGGACGCCGAUUUGAACAAAGUGUGCUCUGCGGAUUACAAACCCGUCACCCGAGACCUAAUGGCCAACCUGAGCGAACGUGAGAUCAGUUUCGAGCUCAUUGAAAGCCUUUUGAAGUACAUCAAAGGCAUGGGUGUUCCCGGGGCGGUUUUGGUGUUUUUACCCGGCUGGAACCUCAUUUUUGCGUUGCUGAAAUAUCUUCAACAGCAUCCCGAAUUUGGUGGAAACCAAUACAGAGUUUUGCCCUUACAUUCCCAACUUCCACGAGAAGAUCAAAAAGCCGUUUUCACGCGGCCUCCGGAAGGUGUCAUGAAGAUCAUUCUCUCCACCAAUAUUGCGGAGACCUCGAUCACCAUUGAUGAUGUGGUGUUUGUCAUUGACAGUUGCAAGGCCAAGAUGAAGUUGUUCACAUCCCAUAAUAACAUGACCAACUACGCCACUGUUUGGGCCAGUCGAAGCAACCUCCAACAAAGGAGAGGACGAGCGGGUCGGGUUCGUCCGGGAUUCGCGUUUCACUUGUGUUCCAAGGCCAGAUACUCGAAGCUAGAUGAGCACAUGACCCCCGAGAUGUUUCGAACCCCACUCCAUGAACUGGCUUUAUCCAUUAAACUACUCAAAUUGGGGAGUGUGGGCCAGUUUUUGUCCAAGGCCCUAGAACCCCCGCCCAUUGACGCCGUUAUCGAAGCCGAGGUUCUUCUGAGAGAGAUGAAAUGUCUGAACAAGGAUGACGAGCUGACGUCAUUGGGAAAAAUUCUUGCCAGACUGCCCAUUGAGCCCCGAGUGGGCAAGAUGCUGGUCCUGGGCGCGGCUCUCAAGUUUGGUGACGCCCUUUGCACCAUUGCCGCCCAAACUUCGGCUGGCACAGAAUUCUUCGUGACCGACAUGAGAGGUGGUCGUUUGAGCUUUCAGCAAAAGAAUUUCGCUGGAAAUCGCUUUUCCGACCAUCUUUGUGCCCUCAAUGCCUUCAACAAUUGGGAGGAUGCUCGAAUGGGGGGUGAAGUGGCAGAGGUCAAUUUUUGCGACCACAAAGGAUUGAACAUAUCAACUUUGCGAACCACUUGGGAAGCCAAGUCUCAACUCCGUGACUUACUGAUUGGCCAAGGGUUUCCCGAGGACUGUUUUGCCCAGCAAAACUUAAAUUUCCAUGCUCCAGAUCGGAAGCUGGACGUGGUGAUCGGUCUUAUGACCUUGGGUUUGUACCCCAACGUUUGCAUGCACAAGGAAAAACGCAAGGUCUUCACCACAGAAGCGAAGGAUGCCCUAAUCCAUAAAUCAUCCGUGAAUUUCACCAAGGACGCUUUCAAGUUCCCAAUACCGCUUUUUGUAUUUGGAGAAAAAAUACGAACCCGAGCUGUUUCGUGCAAACAAAUGACCAUGGUCAGUCCAAUCCAUUUGCUCAUGUUCGGAUCAAGAAAAGUGGACCUCCUUGCGAAUGGUCUAGUUCGAUUGGACAAUUGGAUCAACUUACGUAUUACACCCUACCACGCCUCGAUCGUCUUAGCCAUCCGCCCUGCUUUGGAAAAACUUAUUCUACGGAUUGCCGAUGAUCCGGAAUUAAUCACUCAAUUUCCUGAGGAUGACCAAGAGCUCCUGAACACCCUUGAAGAGUUAUGCGUGAUCAAUGCGGGUCGUAACGGGAUGGAGUCGGUUGAAAAUAGCGGAAGUAUGUUCACGAGCCGACCUCCUCGACCCUUUGCAGGUGGUGACGGUGGACCGCCGUCUAAGCGAUUUGCGGGCAACCGUGGUAAUGGCGGUUGGCGAGGCCAUGAUGCCCGAGGUCGAGGAUUCCAACGAGGACGAUUCAAUUAUUGAGUGAUUUUGAAGAUAUUUGUUCAGUUUGGUGUUGGCAAAUGUUGUGCCCUGGAUGUUUUUCUUCGUGUAAAUAUAACUAUUGUAAUGUA